AUGGAUAUGUUUCCCACAGCGAAUACAUCUGAACUAUCCGCAGACGAUGCUUUCCCAAAGGCCGGUCAGCCACAGAAUUCAAAUGUACGCGUUUUCCGCGUGGUUGUUGAGAUACUGGUGGUGCUACUGGGCGUUCCUGGUAACCUCCUCAUCAUACGCGUUUACUGGAGGAAGACUGUAAAAACCAGCACCAUCGUUUUAAUUCAGGGCCUGGCUUUGGCCGACUGUAUCGUUUGCUCGGUAAAGAUCAUCGACGUUGUAGAACAGAUAGUAGGGAUGCAGCAAGCCAUUACGAUCACCCAGAAAAUAGCGAGCGGGUCGGCCAUGGCUUCCAUUACGAUCACUUCAGUGAUUGCAUUGGAUCGCUACGACUGCAUAUGCCGUCCGCAACGGCGGUUCUUUACCCUCAGACGGGGACAAAUAGCGGUCGUGAUUUCAUUUAUCUUCGGGGCCGUGAUGUCCGUUCCUGAAUUCGCCCAGCAGCUUGGCAGAACGCCUACUCCGUCUGCGAACUUGGCAUCAUUGGCUCGCAUGAGCUUUUUUUUUUUUCCUCCAUCGAUUAUUGGAGUAUGUUACACCAAAGUGUUCAUGACCAUCCGUAGACAUGUCCGAGUCGGCAUUAUGUCUUCUGCAAAUGCAGCGAAUCUUUCUAGCUUGCAAGUUGCUUCUUCGUCCAAAGAGCCUACUCGUGGACAACCAGGUAAAGACACAGUCAAGACUGAAUCUAAAUGUCUCAAUUCCGUACCCCACCAUGAUACAUCUCAACCAUCCACUGUACAUAGUCCUGCCAGAGAGGAUACCGCCCCACAAGGACCACCGAAGAAGCCUGAAGCGUUUCGUCACACGGCGGCGAGUGACGGGAACAAACCUCGUCUGAAUCCCGUCAAACAGCGCCAAGCUAAAAAGGUGGAUACCAACGCAGCCCUUCAGCGUAAGACGACCGUGAUGUUGUUCGUGGCCAGCGUUGUUUUCCUUCUACUGUGGCUGCCGCACUGGAUCAUGAUAGCAGUUGUGAACGCCGAUGCGGGUGAAGACCAGGGUAUUUAUGUCGACCCUCUGUUCUACAUAGUCAUGAAUGAGAUACGAGUGCUUUUCUUCUUGAAUAACGCUGUCAAUCCGUUUAUUUACGGACUUGCAAAUAGACGGUUUAGAAAAGAGUGCAAAGAGGUGCUUAAUAGUAACCUAUGUAAGUAA